AUUUUUGACCACUGGUAUUUGGGUUUUCUACUCCGGCUGAUCCGCCAUGUUGUUCCGAUUCGGCGUCGUUCUGACUCCCGACUCGACUGAGCUGGAGGUUUUUGUUGUGGGCUCACGCGCAGAAAUGGGUCACUGGGAUCCGAGCGCUGCGGUUCCGAUGACGGCCUCCCGAAGCUUGCUGUCCGCGACGGAACCGAGCCUGUGGGUCGGCGAGGUGCAUCUGUCAGAGCCCUACAAAGACACGCUGUGGCUCAAAUUCAUCAAAAGGAAAGAGGGGCGGUUUAUUUGGGAAGGUAGCGGGCCGCAUCACGACCGGUGGUGUACGUUUGAUGAGCGGAACAUGGUGGAUGGCGUCUACUGUCAUCCCAUCGCUCACUGGAUCGAAGAGUCGGGCCACACGGACGAGAUGAAACACACCACUGACUUCUACUUCAGUGUGGCAGGGCAGCAGGCCAUGCAUUAUUCCAGAGUGCUUCCGAGAGUUUGGCUUGGCAGCUGCCCCCGACAACUGGAGCAUGUGACGGUCAAGAUGAAGCACGACUUGGGAAUUACGGCAGUGAUGAACUUCCAGACGGAGUGGGACGUGGUGAACAAUUCACACGGCUGCAGGAAGAACCCAGAGGAAUCUAUGAGCCCGGAAACCAUGAUGCGCCUGUACCAGGACUGUGGGCUGGCAUACGUGUGGAUGCCCACUCCAGACAUGAGCACGGAGGGACGAAUAAGGAUGCUCCCUCAGGCUGUCUUCCUUCUCCAUGGUCUGCUGGAGAACGGCCACACGGUCUACGUCCACUGUAACGCCGGCGUGGGCCGGUCAACCGCAGCUGUGUGCGGCCUCCUCAUGUACGUCUGCGGCUGGAGCGUGAGGAAAGUCCAGUACUUUGUCUCCUCUAAGCGACCGGCCGUUUUCAUCGACGAAGAAGCGCUGGUUCAAGCUCAGGCUGACUUCCUCAACAAGUUUGGACACUUACGACCGCACUCUUGCUUGGAGAGUGUUACCGGCUUUUAAUCCAGGGCGGAAUUUUGGGGGGGAUCAACCCGAUUAUUGACAUGUUCUGACGGUUUCCAGUGGGAGGAAAGGCACGCUGAAAUGUGCCGUGCAUGAACGCUCCACUCUUUAAAACUGCUGCAUGUCAAGAGAAACGCUCGACUGCCAGCAAGUGUGCUCAUUUUUAGAGCAGGAAUUAGCUGUGUGCCCAUCACUCUCACUCUUCCUUUGAUGCAUUUCUCAGCCAUGUUUGCUGUUAUAAUGGCCAUCGCCACAGAGGCACUUAAAUAUUAAUCGAUGGCAGCCAAGAUUUUAGUUCGUAGCCCUGUGAAAGCCAGCCAGGAGAAGAAAUGGCUUGAUUUAUUGUCGCGCCGCUCAGAAUUGUUGUGUGCUUGCUGCUUCACUCUUGCGCGAUUUUACUCUUGCUUCUCCAUUUCAUCUUCAUCUAUGUAUCUGAGACACAAAUCUGAAGAGCAAAAACUCUUUCUUCCAGGAGGUUUAAUUGCAUGAACAAUUGUUCCAUUUCUCCCAAAUACUUCGCCCCCCCUCCCCCUUCUACUCCGUGGAUGCAGGCAGAAGCGUGAAGAAAAUCGAUGGGGAUGACUGAGCAAGUCUGAGUCUAUGUGGAGUGUCUAAAAAUAUUCUCUAAAAUGAAUGCAUUUCUUUCUGGGCCGUCUGAAAUCCCCUUGCUACUCAAGUUUAAGUUCAGAUAAAGCUGUUGGCUCAUAUAAUAUUAAUUAAUAUUACUGUUGUUGUAAAUAAUUGAUGUUUCCUGUAAUUCACUAUGUUGUUUGGCAAGGGAUUGUUUUUUUUUCUGUCUGCCUUUGCUUUCUGCUGUGAAAAGUUUAAAGAUGAAAUUGAGGUGAAACCAUAAUGAUAAGUAUAUCACAACCGUCUGAUGAGCUAAGCUAUUUUGGUCAUUGCCUCAGUGAUUCUGUGUUGUGUUUCUUCUUUGUCUUGCAAAUUCUACCUCUGAAAUUGAUCCAUCCAUCCAUCUAUGUAUCUAU